AUGCCUGAGGGACUAUUUGACCAGCCUUUUGUCUAUUGUGGUGUAUGUCAUAAGCACUCAACGAAAGAAGAGCCCCUCUAUUUAACUUCAUGUGCCCAUACGCUGUGUUUACAACAUUUGAAUAAUACUAUUUGCCCUAUAUGUGGUACUAGAGAUAUUUUAGUAGUAAAAUUGGUGGAGACUAAGCAGCUACCUGAAGAUAUCCGAAUUUUGUUUCAACCUAUUCCUGCUGUUUUGGAAAAUUUAUACAAUGUUUCGCAGUUCCAGAUAACAGGGUUAGUGAAUCAGUGUCAGUACUAUCAGGAAAAUUGUAUCAAGUUGCGAGAAAAAUGUGCCAGGCAGCGUCAGUUGUUAUAUCAGGCAAAGGAAGAGCUGGAUGCGGUGGCCAAGUUGAAAUCGAGGAUUGCGGAGUUAGAGGCAUCUUUGGCGAGACGAUCGGGCCAUAUGAAUUCUUCGGGAUCUUCUGUUUUCACUGCGAUGAAACCACCAGAUACAGUUGAUCUUACUGGAGAUGAUCAUGUACUGCAAAGAGAUGAACAAUCUUUUAUACAAAAGUUGAAGACAUCCUCGUCGUUGAGAAACAAAUUACAACAGCCGCUGAAGAGACAGACUUCUGCUUCGGUAUUUGAUAGGUCAUUCAAUGAUAACGAAGCCAUCGCAGAAUCUACUCAACUCGAUAGGUUCAUAUCCACACCUAGUACUUUGAGUGGUAAAAAGUACUGCUCAUCGCCGAUAGUUGACCCGUUGACGAAAGCUUCAACGGCGGUUCGUAUCGACACAAGGGGAAGUGAGGAUUCUAAAAAAGGUCAAUCGCAGUUCCCGAGUGCAUUGGAUAAAUUAAGAAUCGUGAAGCAAAACCAUACGUUCAACAAUACGGCGGGGUCUUUCAGUAGAGGCAGUCAAGGAUUAACCCCACAUAUGAGAAGCAGCAAUAAUAUGCAAACCCAAACCGGCCUGUUAAUGCGCAGGAAUACAAGUGGUCAACCAAAUUCUAGCUCCGAAGGUCUGGCGACAGCGGGAACGAGUAAGAAGUUCAGACGGAUAAGGUAA